AUUAUAUCAUGUCGCGUAAAAAACUGGGAAUGGAAGAAGAAUAUCAAUUGAUGACUCGUAGUCAUAAAACUCGAAUACCCAUUGAUCGUAUGUUAAAGGCAAGGAACUUUACCGCCUUUAAAAGAACCGAUAGUCUAUGGAAAGUGGCCAAAAUGGAACAGCAGACGGACCCAGCCUUUCCCAUUGAACCCGUAGAAUAUACCAUAAACCCCAUGCAACAACAUUUAAAGAACACCUUAUGCUCAAUGCUUCAAAAAAGAUACCUCAACAACCCUUCACCAACAAUGACCCCUCGCAUGAAGAAAUACUUUCGUGCCAUUGCUGUUCUCGAAUACGAACACGAUCACGGCUUAAUCGCAGAUACCGAAUUCGGUGCUUCCGUUCUGGGAGAGACGUGCUGGACACCGGCCGAAAAGAAACGCUUCUUUUUAGCCAUUGAACGAUGUGGUAAAAACAACAUUUCCGAAAUUUCUCGACGUGUAGGGCCAACAAAAACGCCCGUUCAAGUUUACGAAUUUCAACAAUGCUUACAGGAAGCUGCGCAAGCCAUCGACCCUUUACCCAUUGACCAUUUAUCUGCGCGAGAAAUGACACCCUUUUAUAUUGAUCAAGAAGAGGCUAUGGCUUCAUCAAUAAAAGACGCAUUGGAAGUUGAAUCCUACGGCAAACAUUUACAAUACACCGAUCGAUCCGAAAUUCAAUUAUUGGAGAUAUGGAACAUGUCUUCUCUAACACGACUGUUUAGCAAGAUCAAUGAUAUGACGGUGCUGUCAAGUACAAGCAUCAAUUUUUACGAACUCAUUAGAAACUUUGUGUCGGACAUCAUGAUAGAUCUGCAUACACAGCUGUUGAAUUCAGAAAAUAAGACAGUCACUAAAUCACUGAUGAACGUGACGAUUGCGAAACGUAUGAAACAUUUUAGGGAAGACAGACGAUUGAAGCAUUUAGAUAUCCUUGCCAUGUUGGAUAAACGCUAUUAUUUCCAUGAACCCUAUACCAGAGGUAAAUCAGCUACAUAUCUGGCGAAAAGGCGGCGAAACAUGGUCCCAGAAUACGAUUCAUCCAUGGAGGAAGAAGACACAGAGGAAGGUGAAGGAUAUACACAAGUGUCAGGCGACAAAGAAAAGGGAUAUACGCAAGUGUCAGACGACAAAGAAAAGGGAUAUAUACAAGUGUCGGAUGACGAAGAAGAAAUGGAAUGGGAUAUUGAUACAUCUUCUUCAGAUGAGGAAGAAGAAGAGAAGGACGAGAUGUUGGAGCCGAUAGACGACGAUGAUGCGAUACCUGGUGUAUAUGUCAUACGUAAUGAGCGACAUGAACAUAAGGACGCAAUCGAGGCUGAUCAAAGUGUACAUGAUACCAUUGGCGUUAAUUCCAGUGACGAAGAAAUUGACUCAUAUCUCAGGGACGAUGAAGAAGAUGAAAAAAGAAUGCAGCAAUUAGACGCACAGCAUGAACAACAAAUGAUUUCUUACCUUGAAUUUUAUGACGAAGACCAUUCUUCAAGCGAAUAAUUCAUUGAGGAAGAUGGAAUCAAUCGAAUAGUUUUUUUUUAAAUGUAGUAAUAAUAAUAUACCUUCUUUUUCUUUAACAAAGAAAAAA